AUGGCGAACCUACCCAAGAAUGCCCACGUCUCGCAGCAUCCGUGUCUGCAAGCGAAGCUCUCCCAGCUGCGCUCCGCAACCACAAGCUCCAAGGAUGUCCAGUCGCUCGUACACGAGAUCGCCAUGAUGGUCGGCUAUGAGGCCCUGGCGCAGGGGUUGAAGACACAGCAGGGAAGCACCGACAAAUCACCGCUUGGCUACUCCUAUACCACCACUACCACCUCCCCACACCCCACCUCCAUAUCCCUGGUCCCCAUCCUACGGAGCGGCCUCUCCAUGGUCCCCGCCCUGACCUCACUUCUUCCUCAGCCCGUUGCAGUCCACCACCUCGGCCUGUACCGUGAGAAGAGCACCCUCCAACCGGUCGAGUAUUAUAACAACUUGCCAUAUCACGCGCCCACGACAUCAAACCCAAAUGCCAGCGGUCCCUCGGAGCUCGCCAUCAUCGUCGACCCUGUCAUUGCCACUGGUGCGACUGCCUCUGCUGCCAUUGACAGCCUGAAGGACUGGGGUGUGAAGAGGAUCAUUGUCGUCAGUGUACUAGCGACUGAGGAGGGGCUGAAGCAGGCCUGUGGCGAGUGGGAGGAGGGUGUUGAGAUAUGGGUAGGUGGAUGUGAUGGCGAGGUUGAUGAGAAGGGCAUGAUCAAGCCCGGGCUGGGUGAUAUUGGAGACAGACUCUUCCUGACGCUUGGAAAAUGA